UGGAAGAAAGUUUUGUCGGCUCUCGGGAUGUCGCGCACCGGGAUAAGCGGCUGCCGCUGAUCAGUGAGAGAAAAGCGCGUACCGGAGGGAGCCCCGCCAGGUCCCGACCCCCUCCCGCCGGCCUCAGGUGCCGCAGACAUGUGGGACCCCCGGGAGUUCGAGCAGCACUGGCGGGCGGAGUUCCCCGGUGAGGAAGCCCCGGUGAUGCAGCUGAGCUCGGCGGAUGACAUGCGGCAGGAGCUGGAGCGCUGUAAGGAGAACCUCCGGCGGCUGCAACAAGUCCUGGCCGGGGAGAAGUUUAAAGUCGCCUACCUGGAGACCGCCCUGUGCCGCCAGCAGAAGCCCGUACCCCGGCAGCGCUCCAAGGUGCCCCCUCCGCCGCCUCCUAAGCGGGUGUCCAUCCGAGACCUCAUCCCGCCGCCGCCUCCAGCACUACCACCGCCGCCUCCUCCGGUCAUCACCGCCGCGCCACCUGCCCCGGACCCGGACUACGAGGAUAAGGACGGCGCCACCGAGAGCUUCGUGCUGGAGAACCUGCUGAGCGGCCCCGAGGAGCCCCGGACAUACCGGCUACCUGUGCCCGCCGAGGACUCCCCCCGGAUCAGCUCCCCGGAGCCCGGCAGCAAUGGCUACCUGAGCUCCGACCGGGAGGACGACGACUCUAUAGAUUUCAACUACGGCACCGACGGGUACGACGCCGAAGGGAAUGAGGAGCAGAAGGGCUCUCGUGAGGGGUCGGAAACUAUGCCCUACAUCGAUGAGUCUCCUACCAUGUCCCCACAGCUCAGUGCCAGAAGUCAAGACAGUGUGGAUGGAGUCUCACCUACUCCGACAGAGGGCUUACUUCCCGAGGGAGAAAGUGAAUCGGAUAAAGGGCUGUUAAUGCGAAAGCUUGUCCUGUCUGGGGUCCUGGCAAGUGAAGAAAUCUACAUUAACCAGCUGGAAGCUCUGCUUUUGCCAAUGAAGCCACUGAAAGCCACUGCCACAACCUCACAGCCAGUUCUAACCAUGCAGCAAAUAGAUGCCAUAUUUUACAAGGUCCAGGAUAUCUAUGAGAUCCAUAAGGACUUCUAUGACAACCUCUGCCCCUGUGUGCAAGAAUGGGAUGACAAAACUACUGUUGGACACCUAUUCCAAAAACUGGUCAGUCAGCUGGGAGUUUAUAAAGCCUUUGUGGAUAACUACAAAUGUGCCCUGGAGACGGCGGAGAAGUGCAGCCUCGGUAAUAACCAGUUUAAUAAGAUCUCCGAGAAUCUGAAGGUGAAGGGGCCCAAGGACUCCAAGGAGCUGCCAACGUCUGUUACCAUGGAAGCUCUUCUGUACAAGCCUAUCGAUCGUGUGACCCGGAGUACCUUAGUGCUUCAUGAUCUUUUGAAGCAUACACCUGUGGACCACCCCGACUAUCCAUUGCUUCAAGAUGCACUUCGCAUCUCUCAGAAUUUUCUGUCCAGUAUCAAUGAGGACAUUGAUCCACGGAGAACUGCAGUGACAACACCUAAGGGCGAGACCCGGCAACUGGUAAAAGAUGGUUUCAUGGUUGAACUAUCAGAAAACUCCCGCAAACUGCGACAUCUUUUCUUGUUUACAGACCUCUUGCUUUGCGCCAAGCUUAAGAAGACUUCUGUUGGGAAACACCAGCAGUAUGAUUGUAAGUGGUACAUCCCCCUGGCUGAUCUGGUAUUCCCUUCCCUGGAGGAGUCAGAGCCCAUCCCACAGCUGCAUGCUACACCGGACCACGAGAUAGAAGAAAUGAAGGCAAAGAUAUCCGUUCUUAAAAGUGAGAUCCAAAAAGAAAAGAAGUCCAAUAAAGGGUCAAGUCGGGCUAUUGAAAGACUGAAGAAGAAAAUGUUUGAGUACGAAUCCUGGCUUCUUCUCUUCUCUCCUACAAUUCCGUUUCGAAUCCAUAACAAGAAUGGCAAGAGCUAUCUGUUCCUGUUAUCAUCAGAUUAUGAGAGGUCAGAGUGGAGAGAAGCCAUCCAGAAGCUUCAGAAGAAAGAUCUCCAAGCCUUUGCACUCAGUUCUUUGGAGCUCCAGGUGCUUACUGGAGCCUGCUUCAAGCUGCGCACAGUUCACAACAUGCCUAUAAUCAGCAAUAAAGACGAUGAUGAAUCUUCUGGACUGUAUGGUUUUCUGCAUGUGAUUGUUCACUCUGCCAAAGGAUUCAACCACUCUGCCAAUCUAUACUGCACUCUAGAAGUGGACUCAUUUGGCUAUUUUGUCAGUAAAGCUAAGACCAGAGUGUUCCGGGACACUACAGAACCUGAAUGGAAUGAGGAAUUUGAAAUAGACCUGGAGGGUUCUCAGUAUCUGCGGAUCCUGUGCUAUGAGAAGUGCUAUGACAAAAGCAAACUCAACAAAGACAACAAUGAGAUUGUGGACAAGAUCAUGGGCAAAGGGCAGAUCCAGCUGGAUCCUCAAGCAGUGCAAACCAAGAACUGGCAUGUGGACGUGAUAGAGAUGAAUGGGAUUAAAGUGGAGUUUUCCAUGAAGUUUAGCAGCCGGGAUAUGAGCUUGAAAAGGACGCCCUCUAAAAAGCAGACGGGGGUUUUUGGCGUUAAGAUCAGCGUGGUAACAAAGAGAGAAAGAUCCAAGGUGCCAUAUAUAGUCCGUCAGUGUAUAGAGGAGGUGGAGAAGCGUGGCAUCGAGGAGGUUGGGAUCUACAGAAUAUCUGGAGUGGCUACUGAUAUCCAGGCCUUGAAGGCUGCCUUUGAUGCCAAUAGUAAAGACAUCCUGAUGAUGCUCAGUGACAUGGACAUCAACGCCAUUGCCGGAACAUUAAAACUUUAUUUCCGGGAGCUCCCAGAACCUCUCCUUACAGACAAGCUGUAUCUGGCAUUUAUGGAAGGGAUUGCUCUAUCUGAUCCAGCGGCCAGGGAGAACUGCAUGAUGCACCUUCUGCGGACCCUGCCCGACCCCAAUCUCAUGACCUUCCUCUUCUUGCUUCAGCACUUAAAAAGGGUUGCAGAGAAAGAGCCAAUCAAUAAGAUGUCACUCCAUAACUUGGCCACUGUCUUUGGCCCCACAUUACUAAGACCCUCUGAAGUAGAAUGUAAAGGUCACACAAACCUGGCGUCAGAUAUCUGGUCCCAUGAUGUCAUGGCUCAGGUCCAGGUUCUCCUCUAUUACUUGCAGCAUCCCCCAAUCAUUUUCUCGGAGCUGAAGAGGAACACUCUGUACUACUCCACGGACGUGUGAGCCUGCACAUCCAGGGAAAGACCAGGCAGCUCUGCUUCUCUCUACAUUUGGCAAAAGACAUUCAGAGGGACCCCACAACCCAGAGCGCCCCCCCCCCCUCUCCCCCCCCCCCCCCCCCCAACUUGCUCCCAUGCAUUUCUUGAAUCCUUUUGUACAGAAAAGUGGAAACAGAAAAGAAACGGAGCCGGCACUGUGCUCCCCUUGUAUGAGCUGUAUUUUGUAUAUUGGUUUUCAGGCAUUAUUUUAUGUAGGAGCACAUCGCCCUGGCGGAGCAGAGAUUUGGAGAACUCUUUCUUCUUGUUAUCCACAUUCCUUGAUGUGCGUAAACUGUUUGGGGAAAUUCUUUUCACCUCUGCCGACCUAAAGGGUCUUUUAACCUGCCAUAUUCUCAAGACCUUGUGCUGGAGACUGCAAAACUGCACUGUAUCCUUCCUCCCCUUGGGGACCACAGGGGCCAAACAUGAAAGGGAUUGUUUGAAGAGUGCCCCCGAGUGAUGGACAUUGGGAUGCUCCGUUCUGUGAUAUUUUCCUUCAUAGACUUGGCAGAAUAUGAGCGGACUCUCUGUCCUGACCUUUUUAAUUCUAAACCGUUGCCAUGAAGUUCUCUUCUUCUCUUUGUCUUCUAUUGUGAAUGAAAAGUGCUUUUGGUCCUUUUUUAAUUUUCUUUUCCUGGUGGAUGUCACUUGUGAUUUUGCUGCUUUCAAAAGGUGGUACGUUUCUGUUACUCCGCUGGGCAUGAGGAAAUGACUGGUACCCGGACUAUACGGCAAUAGGCGAGGUGGCACAUCUGCCCUGGAUCAUAUGUGUCCAAUUCGGAAAAGUCGGCUGCCCCACACGGAAGCCAAACACACACACACACACCCCUCAGAAAUUGAGUUUAACUUUAUUGAGAAGUUUAAAUUAUAAAGACAGAUGGUCAAAAUGUCACGUGUCAUCCUUUCUUACUCCACUAUAUCAGCUUCUGUAUGGACAAACAAAUUCUUACUGCACAUCCAUAGCAUAAAGGGAAACUGUCAUCAUUUUCAUGCUUCCUGAACGACAACUCAUCAGGUCUUCAAUGGCUUCUUCCCAUCCCACCAACCUUGAUUGAUAGAUUUCCCCCUGAUUUGUACGGAAAAUGAUCUCUAAGUAUAAGCUGGCGGGACGGGGGGGGAGAAGCCACUGGGAACCACCCUGAUGACAUGUGGUUCAGGCAGCAUGAAAAUAAUGACAGGUUCCCUUAAAUGGGCACUGUCACCAACUUUAUUUUUUGAUAUGUUGUAGUACUUAUGUACUACAACAUAUCUCUAAUAUACUUUUAUAAAAAAAAUUUCAUUAAAAAGGUUAAAUUUACAUUUAAAAACCGGCUACUGAAAAAGGACUGAUUUUGGAGUGGCAAUCAGUCUUUUUUCAGUUAGGCUGCACUCGCUCCCUGCCUGUCAGGCAGACAGGCGGGAGCGAGUGCAUUGGCUCCCCGGCCACUGGCUGGGAGGCCACUCCUCCCGCACAUCGCUGUUGCCGCCGCUGUCCCUGCACGCCCGCUGCCGGACUCUGCAGUAACUGCAA